AUGGCUGAUCAGCAAAACAUCUCCAACAUCCUCGCAGCUCUUGCGGCGCAACGCCCUGGUGGAACCCCCAAUCAAGCACAGUCGCAACUUCCAGCCUCAGGAUAUCCUCCCACUUACGCAAAUUCUACUCCUCCUGUCGCAUCAUCUCCAUACUCUCUACCGCAGCCUAUAAGCUCAGGAAGUGUUGACCUCAGUUCUAUCAAGCCUGUCAGCUCUGGUUCAGUUAGUAUUGCCGAUGCGAUAGCUAAAGCGCGCGGUUUCGCCGCCGAAAGAGGAGUCUCCUAUGAUUCCAACCGAGUUCUUUCGAGAAAUGAUGAUCCUCGCCGCCGAACUGGGCGCUCACGCUCACCUUCCCGUAGCCCCCCUCGUGCUAUCAGAGACACCUUCAGAGACAAUUACAACCCGUAUCGCGACGAAAGGCGAGGUGGUGCUGAUCGUGGCUAUGUUCGUGAACGAUCCUUUUCUCCAAGACCCAGCGGUAGCUUCUCCCCCUCCCAAGGCCGUUCAUAUGGUAUGCCAGACAAUCGAUCAUCGAUGGAGCGCGGAGCAAGCGACGGCGACACAGAACGUAUUCCCAUUGAAAAGAGCCUUGUGGGCCUCAUAAUCGGUCGUGCAGGAGAAAACCUACGGCGGGUCGAGCAGACUACGGGUGCUAGGGUGCAGUUCAAGGACGGACCCGAAUCUAGUGCCACCGUACGUAAUUGCGACAUCUCGGGUAGCAGAUCUGCCAGAGCCAGCGCAAAAGCAGAGAUUUACCGGAUCAUUGAUGAGAAUGGGCCAGGAAAUCGAGGUGCAGCACAAGACCGAUCAAGGGGACAAAGCAAGAUCGGGAGUAUCGCGCCACAGAAGGACGGCGAAAACGGGACUCAGAUCAUGGUGCCUGAUCGGACCGUUGGCCUUAUCAUCGGAAGAGGCGGAGAGACCAUCAGAGACCUACAGGAGCGAAGCGGCUGCCACGUCAAUAUCGUGGGUGAGAACAAGAGUAUCAAUGGUCUUCGACCAGUCAAUUUGAUUGGCAGUGAACAAUCACAACAAAGAGCGAAAGAUCUGAUCAUGGAGAUAGUGGACAGUGACACCAAAAAUGCGGCAGCGAAACAGGAUACCAGCCGUCCGGUACCGAGGGAUGAUCCUUAUGGCAGCAGUUCCGAAAAAGUCAAUGAUAGCAUAAUGGUACCCGGAGACGCAGUGGGCAUGAUAAUCGGCAAAGGUGGCGAGUCCAUCAAGGAAAUGCAGAAUACUACAGGCUGUAAGAUCAACGUCUCGCAGCCAGCAGGUCGGGAUAUCGAACGUGAGAUCGGCCUUGUAGGGACAAGACAUGCCAUCGACAUGGCCAAGCGAGCUAUCAUGGACAAGGUUGAUGCAGUGGACUCCAGAAACCGCUCCCAGGGCAGAGACAGCCGACCCGAUGAUUCCUAUAGUGGUGGUGGAUACUCACGAGCGCAACAGCAGCAGUCUUAUUCUCCGAGUGGUGCUGGUCCUCAACAGCCUGCUGCACCCGGUGCUGGUGCGGAAGACCCGUAUGCCGCGUAUGGAGGCUACAACAACUACGUGGCCAUGUGGUACGCAGCCAUGGCUCAACAACAGCAGCAACAAGGCACAGGUGAGCAAGCCGGACCGCCAGGUGCUCGAUGA